UCGAACCGCCGUGAAGUGCGCAUUGCCGCGUCUCUCUGCUCAAUCUCCGCGUGUCCGCUCGACCGUCAGGGUGCACUGUGAUUCAGCUCGGCUCUUCACUCGCUCGACGACGAGGUUUUGGUCUUCACCAGCGCACGAAGAACCCGAUAAUCAACGACGCAGUGACAUGGACGGCCGUCCGGUGGAAGGCAUGGGCAAGCUGGCCGCCCUGGCCAUGAGGCUCUGCAGGCGAGGCGCCAAGGCGAACCAGGGCGCCUCCGCGCUGCGCUUCGCCGCCCGGGCCGGCAAGUGGGACUUGGUGCGCCGGCUCCUGGAGAGGAAGUGCGGGAGGAACGCGCUGCUCGUGGCCGCGCAGGCGGGGUGGUGGCCGGCGGUGUACCAGCUGCUGGACGGCGGCGACUGCGACGUGAACGCCAACACGGCCGACGGCAAGAGCACGCUGCACUUCGCCGCCGCGGCCGGGUCGUGGCUCGUGGUGCACUUGCUGCUGGAGAAGGGUUGCGACGACUCUGCCAGGACAGGCGACGGCAUGAACGCUCUGCUCUACGCCGCCGAGGCCAACGAGUGGGAGGUGGUUCGCCUGCUGCUGCAAAGGAGCUGCGAUGUGGACGCCAAGACGACCGACGGCAAGAACGCGCUGCUUUUCGCUGCGGAGGCCGGGCAGUGGGGCGUGCUUCGCCUGCUGCUGGACAAGGGCUGCGACGCGGACGCCAAGACGACCGACGGCAAGAACGCACUUCUCCUCGCUGCCGAGGCGGAGGAGUGGCGCGCGGUCCGGCUGCUGCUGGACAAGGGCUGCGACGCGGACGCCAAGACCGACGAGGGCGGGAACGCUCUCCUCUUCGCAGCCCAGGCCGGGCAGUGGGACCUGGGCCUGCGGCUGCUGGGCACAGACUGCGACGUGGACGCCAAGACCAGCGAAGGCAAGAACGCUCUCAUCUUCGCCGCCGAGGCGGGCGAGUGGGAUUUCGCCCGCUGCCUCCUGCAAAAGGGUUGCGAAGUGCAACGACACGAACGCACCGCGCUUUGCUGCUGAGGCGUAGGUGCGAGGAAAAGACAGAUUUUCAGUAUUUUCGUAUAGGGUAACGAAUCCCUGGACCGGAAGUCAAAGAACAAAAGUAAGAACCAAAACGGCUCCUGCGCAUGCGCAGACGUCCCCUCUCCACUCUGAGGCAGCGUCUGCGCAUGCGCAGAGGCCGUUUUGGUUCUUACUUAUGUUCUUUGACUUCUGGGCCAGGGAUUCGUUAAAAUACCCUAUUUGUUAUUGGUUUAGAGAAAUAACCCUUC